AAUUCUCUAUCCCAUUGCUUUGUGUUGGCUUGUUGCAGGGGUAUCUCAAGCUUCGGAAAAAUCCAGAGGCAGAAAAAGUUGCGUUCAAAAUCCCAGUUGCAGAAGAAGCUUGGCAGCGAGAAGGGAACUGCCGUGUCAAUUCGCUGCUCUUGCCUGGUGCUCUGUCCAAGCAGAAAAGGUUGGUUGGUUGCGGACAACACCGAGAGCAGGUCGUCGCUCCUCUUACUUGCCGCCGGGCUGAUGGUGCUGCUGGUUCACUGGAGAGAGGAGAGGUGAUUUUCGACGCUGAUUUCCGGCAAGGAGAGAUCUGGUUCGUUGCUGGAGAAGAAGGUGAGACCAAAGUUCGGUGCUGGUUUCCGGUGAGGAGAAGACGGACUCUUAGGAGAUGGAGAAUUCACCGUCCAAAGCUUGGGGAUGUUCUGUUCGUCUGUUUGCAGAUCGGAAAGCCGUCUUCGCCGGAGAAGAUGACGUGGCUGGUUUUCAUUGCUGGCGCCGUUCGUGGCUCGCUGGAGAGAAGAGGUCGCUGUUGAUUUUUCCCUGGCUAGCUCGGUUUGUUCGUCCGGUGACCAAGCCUGACUGGAUUGCUGCUCUUCUGUGAUAAAGAUGACUGUCUGUUGUGACAAGUGUGCAGGCUGAUUAAGAACAUCGGGAGCUCUUUAGGCCAUUAGCCUAAAUGCCUAAUGGACCAUGAUUUCAACUUCGGUGCCGUUUGCAGAAACAGCCAAUGCAGCCACUUCAGUCAGAACUUCAGAAAUUUCAGCAGAAUCAGCCAAACCAGCCGAUUUUCCUUCUACCAAACGGGCUCUUCAUUGGACUUAAAGUGAACAUUGAGAGUAUUUUAUUUCUUUCUUUUCACAACACUCCCCUAUGUCAGCUUUUUUUUUUUUCUUUUUUUUUUAAUGCAGGGGCAAUCAAAUAGUAGCUACUUAAAACUUUAAAUGCAUUAGUUCUCCACUCGCCAGAGCAAUUGAGAGUUCUAUAUUCUCUUAUUUCAAGCGACAAAGUGGUGCCAUUCUUUGAAGAGAAUCGGAGCUUUACUUUGUGUUGCUGAGAUCGAGACUUUGUUGGCCAGAAUUUUGCUAAUGUCGUGGACAAGAGAUGAUGGUGCUGACUUUGUUGCUAUUGGCGCCGCUUAGCCCUUUGUUGGGAUGGCGCCGAUUUGAAGAAUUAGGCCGAUUCCCGAUUGUCGGUGCUGCUUAGCCCUUUGUAGGGAUGGCACCGAUUUAAGGAAUUAGGCCGGUUGCCGAUUGUCGGUGCUGCUUAGCCCUUUGUUGGGAUGACGCCGAUUUGAAGAAUUAGGCCGAUUCCUGAUUGUUGGUGCUGCUUAGCUCUUUGUUGGGAUGUCAUCGAUUUAAGGAAUUAGGUCGGCUGCUGAUUGUCGGUGCUGCUUAGCCCUUUGUUGGGAUGGCACCGAUUUGAAGAAUUAGACCGAUUCUCGAUCGUCGCUACUGUUUAGCCCUUUGUUGGGAUAGCACCGAUUUAAAGAAUUAGGCCGAUUCCCGGUUGUCGGUGCUGCUUAGCCCUUUGUUGGGAUGACACCGUUUUAAGGAAUUAAGCCGAUUUCCGAUCGUUGGUCCCGCGUAGCCCUUUGUUGGGAUGGCACCAAUUUAAAGGAUUUGGCCGAUUCCCGAUUGUCGGUGUUGUUUAGCCCUUUGUUGGGAUGGCACCGAUUUAAAGAAUUAGGCCGAUUCCCGAUCGUCGGUGUGGAGAUCAGCCACUUCGUCAGUUUGAAGAUCGGCUAUUUUGCCAGUGUGAAGAAACUUCAAGGAACUUGUAGCGGUCCGACUAGAGCUUGUAGCGGUCCGGCAGGAGCUUGUAGCAGCGGUCUUGGCAGGAGCUCGUAGCGGUCCAGCGGGAACUUGAAGCACUCUUGUCGAAGCUUGAAGCGGUCUUAGCUUGCAAAUUUCAAACGAUGGUGUUGCCCUUUGUCAUCAUGAAGAAGAUGACAUUAUUGUUCAAAGCUUUAGAGGUACCAUCGAUGCUACUGUCGUCGCGCCACCUGCUCUGUUGUUGGGAUGGUGGCGUCAUUGUGGAGAUAUCGUUCGAAGCUCAACUCAAUCCACUUCGAUGAGGAGGAGAUCAAAGAAUUCCUGAAGCCUUUACCGUUCAUAUGACUUUUUUCGUAAGCCUUCUUCUGACAUCCUUUUUGACAAAAUGACUUGAUUGAGAUUUAUUUUGUUAUAACUGAAC